AUGUUACGUGGCAACUACGGUAAACAAGUAUGGGAAGAGGUUCCCCUCCGCCAAGCUGUCAAAACACACCGCGAACUACCACUCUGGUUCCUAACAGAUUUACAGUUUCCAGAUAUCCAGGAGAUGUUACGUGGCAGUUACGGUAAACAGGAACCUGUAGUUGAUUCAAAUUUCAGAACAUAUCACUUUAAACGUAUGAAAUACAGUUUCUUCGCGAACACAGAUGCCCGACAUUGGUCGUUUAAGCGUUUUUACUCUUUUAACAUUAAUUCUGGAGACGCGCCAAAAACAUUCAAUGAAAUUCUUGACAAAUGGACCGCCAGCCUAAAAUUCAUUCAAGGGCAAAAAUAUAUCCCAAAGGCAAUCAAGAAGUUCGUGGAAGAACUAAUUAACUUCAAUGAGACCAAGAAGUUUGAGAACUUGUUGGACGCCUAUGAGCAGAACUUCCAAGCUCACUUCCUUGCAACCCUUUCAAGUGGAUCGGUGACGAAGAUCGAAAUGGCAAAAAGUUAUAUGAAACAAACGGAUGAAAUCCUAAACAGUAAAUUAGGAAUGCAGAACGAAGAAUAUGAGGAAGAUUCUUAUGUAGAGGAUGAUGCAAUGUCGAAGAAUUCUAAUCUGGUGUACAGCGAUGACGAAUUUACAGAAGAAAGUCCAACAUACGAAAAAAACCUUAAAAGAAAACUAGAAGAUGACGACUUGCCAGGUUACGAUGGGUUAAUAUUUCUAUUUAAUGAUUCGAAUGAGGAUAAAAUUAUGGAAAAAAUCGAUGAAAAUACUCUCGAGGAGGAAAGAAAAUUACCACUAGCGAGUGAUAAUAAGGAUCCAUCUACAUCUAUAUGUGAUGAAGUCUUGAGUGCAUUCCAAAAAUAUCAAAAUAAAAUUCCUAAAAUUCGCAGAGUAUACACCCCUGCAUAUUGGGGAGUGCUCGAUCUGACCAGAGAAAGUCUAUACGGAUGCAAAGAAGUUACAGAAAACGAUUUACAGCAAUUAUCCCAAGAUUUCGCUGAUCAUAUCAAAUGGAAAUGCGAAUUGACCUCAAAAGAUAUUCAGGAUUACUUCGAUGGCAAUUGCGUAAAACUUGACAAUAGCGAUGAAAAUAAAGAUCUAAAACAUUUUGACUCAAAUGUACAAUUUUUGAAAAAUAAUAUGCAUUUUUUCCAAGAAAUGUUGACGGAAGAACACUUGAAAAUGAUAUCAUCAUAUCCGUUGUUUCACGGAACAUUCAUGUCCAAUCGUAUAAAACACUCUUGGGGGGAAAUUCAUGCUCUUUCAAGCAGUGAUGCCCGUAAUGAAAAAUCGGAUCCAUUGAAAAAAGCACGAGUGGGUAGAAAGGUUGAUAUGAAAGUAACGUUGCUAAAAACACCAAAUAAAUUUGAGGCUCUUUUUGGAGAGGUUUCAGGUGGGCUAGGACAAUUUGGAAUUCCCACAGCCUGUCGCAAGAAACGGUUCUUAGAUAAAGUGAAAUUAAUGGUAACAAUGCGGGAUAGUGUAAAUCGUCUAUUAAAAGAACGUGAUCAUGUAUCGAACGAAAAAAGAUUAGAAAUUAUAGUUUUCGGCUGGCUUCAAUUUGGUUUGGAGUUGAAUUUCUACGCUAUGGAUUGGAUGGGAUCCGGUAUAUAUAGAUUCGGACUGAUAGAUCGAUGCAGGAUACCCGCCGAUAUUGAUGAUUGUGAUAUAUUGGAAGAUGCAUAUUGCAUUCUAAAAUUGCUCCAAAGAAAGCUACUUGAUACUGAAAGAAAUGUAAGAAAUCUAUUUUCGAAUAACACGAAAGGAAAAAGACGACAAAUCGCUUUAGAAAACAAAGCGGAGCUAAAUGUCAAUCGCUCCCCCUAA